CAAUUCUAUAGAAUUCCAAUUCCAAUUCCGGACCAUGAGUCUUUAAAAAUGUAAUUUUUUAUUCUGAUAAUCAAAAGACUAGUUUAAUUUUGUGUUUUAAUUUCAUGAUUCAAUUCGUUAAUCCAAUCGAUCGCAUUGUCAGUUCGAAGAUCCAGUUUACACAUUUUUAUUCCAGCGGUUUCCGGCUGAUACGACGUCGCUUAUACAUCGUCUGAGGUACUCAGCGCCAGGAAAUGGGCGGCGAAGAGAAGUGGUGCGUGGUGACCGGUGGCAGGGGAUUUGCGGCGCGACAUCUGGUGGUGAUGCUCAUCAGAUACGGCAUGUAUUCGGUUCGCAUUGCGGAUUUGGAGCCCUCCAUCGAGCUCGACGACGACGAGGAGAAUGGGGUUCUCGGUGAAGCUAUGAAGUCUGGCCGUGCGGACUACGUGUCUGCAGAUCUUCGCCACAAAGCACAAGCGUUUAAGGCUUGCAUAGGAGUUGUGGUUGUAUUCCAUAUGGCUGCUCCAGAUUCAUCCAUUAAUAACCAUCGGCUACAUUAUUCUGUCAACGUACAAGGAACCCAGAACAUUAUUGAUGCAUGUUCUAAGCUGAAAAUUAAAAGGCUUAUAUAUACAAGUUCCCCAAGUGUUGUCUUUGAUGGAGUCCAUGGAAUAUCUAAUGGAAAUGAAUCAUUACCCUAUCCUGCUAAGCACUAUGAUUCAUACUCUGCCACAAAAGCUGAAGGAGAAUCCCUAGUUAUCAAUUCAAAUGGUUCAAAUGGACUUCUAACAUGCUCCAUUCGACCUAGCAGUAUUUUUGGCCCUGGUGAUAGGUUGUUUGUUCCAUCAUUAGUCUCUGCAGUAAGGUCUGGGAAAUUAAAGUUCAUCAUUGGAGAUGGUAAGAACAUGUAUGACUUUACCUAUGUUGAGAAUGUUGCACAUGCUCACAUUUGUGCCGAGCGAGCUUUGGCAUCUGGAGGGGCAACAGCAGAUAAAGCAUCUGGACAGGCAUAUUUCAUUACCAAUGGGGAACCACUUCAAUUUUGGGAGUUCGUCUCUAUCAUUCUGGAAGGUCUUGGCUAUGAAAGGCCAAGAACCAAAGUUCCUGCCUUCCUUGUGCUGCCAAUUGCACAUAUGGCGGAGCUAAUAUAUAAAAUAAUUGCACCUUUUGGAAUGAAGGUACCACAGUUGAUACCUUCAAGAGUUCGACUUCUGUCUGUCAGCAGAACCUUUGAUUGUUCUAAAGCAAAUGACCUUCUUGGCUACACCCCUAUUGUGCCUCUACAGGAGGGAAUUAGAAGAACUAUUGACUCAUACCAACAUUGGAGAGCUGGUGUUGAAAUUGAAAGAAAGGGGCCUUCUAAAGCUGAAUUACUUCUUGGCACUGGGAAAGUUGCUGAAGCACUACUUUGGAGGGACAUAAAGCUGACACUCACUGUACUGGCGUUCUUGGCUGCAUUUUACUAUAAUUUUAUAGCAACUGGUUUGACCUUCAUAACAUCACUUUCCAAGCUUCUAUUGAUGGGAUCAGUCUUCCUCUUUGUCCAUGGAAAUCUACCCGAAAAAAUGUAGACAUAUGCUUACUUUCUUUUUCGCUUAUGCUUGUUAAUUAUCUUGCUAAACUUCAUCGACUGUAGAGUAACUAGAAAUAUCUGAAUCGCGAACUGUUGCUGUGGUUAUGCGGAUGUUUCAUAAACUUUGGGUGGAGCGGGUUGCAUAUCAGCAGUGUUCUAAAUUCUCACUUUUCAUUAUAUUUGCUG